GUUCAAACCUAAUUCAGAGAUUCCUAUCUUCAGCGUCGGCUAUAAAAUCAGAUAGUUUCUAAUAAGCCGUCUAGAAAUUAACUUUCCCUUUUCGCAAGCAAAAGCCAAUCAAAUUCUAAGAAAGAGAGUGACAGAGAAUGGCCUCAAUUCUGAUGAAAUUUCUGUUUCCAUGUCCUCCGAAUUUGCUGAUCUCGGCGAUGUCUGUUGUGAGCUUAGUGUCCUUAGUGAGUAGUGGAUUCUCAGAGGCAAGAGGAAAGCACUUUCAGUAUUCAAAAUUCUGGAACGCUAACUCCCCAGUCACUAACCAAAUCAAACUCUCCGGUAGAAAUGGGAUGCUCUUGCUUUAUACUCCGGCCUUUUUCGCUGGUCUUUCCUCCUUUUGGCUGCUCCCUGAUCAAGAUCUUAGGUUUUUGUACCUUAAAUCUGCUCUUACCUUUCACUUCUUCAAGAGAACACUUGAGGUGCUAUUCAUUCACAGCUAUAGUGGUUCGAUGAUUCUUGUUUCUUUAAUUCCUAUGAGCUUUAAUUAUUUCGCAUCUACUGCAACCAUGAUCUAUGCUCAGCACGUAAUACAAGGUUAUCCAGAGCCAUCAAUUGACUUAACUUAUCCUGGGAUUGUCCUCUUUCUUAUUGGAAUCGGAGGUAACUUCUAUCACCAUUACCUCCUUUCCAAGCUAAGAAGCAAGAAUGAUAAAGAAUAUAAGAUUCCUAAGGGUGGUCUAUUUGAUCUAGUGAUAUGUCCUCACUAUCUGUUUGAGAUUUUGGGUUUCUGGGGAGUCUUCUUCAUUUCACAAACUUUAUAUUCCUUCAUUUAUGCCUUUGGAACCACAUUGUACUUGAUGGGAAGGAGUUAUGCCACAAGGAGAUGGUAUCUUUCCAAGUUUGAAGAUUUUCCCAAGCAUGUUAAAGCCCUUUUUCCAUUUGUUUACUGAUGCUGAUGCUCAAGUUGGAUUGGCGGGUGCAGUUCCAAUUUGUUUAUUUACCCUUGAAGCUAGUGUGUGCAUUGAUAGGCUUGCAAAAUUUUCUGCUUCUUCUCCUACACUUUCUUUCUGGAAUCUCCCAUGGACAUUUCUUCUUUGGUUACUUUAUGACCUUAAUGAAGUUGUUUUCCUAGGGAUUGUGUAGUUUAGUUUUGGGCUUGUGCAAUACUUGUGACAAAAAUGAAAGAUCAAUAUAUGUCUUAAGAUUAGCUAGGCUAAGUUUUUUAGCUGAUAGCAAGGCAUGAAUACAUUGACAACAAAUUCCAGUUUGUGGAGCAUCUAUUGGUCAUAGUGUGAACUGGAGAUGAAAGAAUUUGGUGUUGUUUUAGUUA